AUGGCUCCUUCUACCACCCAGGAUCUCGUCCCCGAGCCCGUCUCCGCCAAGGAGACUACCCUUCCCUCGCAUCCCAAGGAUGGCUCAGUCCUCAACGCCGCCGAACGUGAGGAGCUUGCCUUCACCGACAAGUACAGCGCCCCCGACGUCUACAUCAGCGAGAAGAAGGAUACGCUCUGGUUUCCCUGGAUUGGACCUAUUGAGCUGAAGCCCAUGCGCAUGGACAACCGAACCGGUACUUUCGUCGUCGGUCUGCGAUCGCCAGUUGCUGCGAGCCUGGGCAAGCACCGACACCGUGGUACCGUUACAGCCAUUACCAUGUCUGGAGAAUGGGGCUACAAGGAGUACGACUGGGUUGCUCGUCCUGGUGACUGGGUUUGCGAGAACCCUGGUGUCAUCCACACCCUGUCCGUCCAGGAUAACACGGAUAUUGUCUUCACUGUUUCCGGUAGCAUUGAGUUCCUGAACGAUGAUGAUAGCUUGAAGUUUACUCUUGACAUCUUUAGCUUUGCUAAGAUGUACUACGAUUACUGCAAGGAGAAGGGUAUCAAGCCCAACGAUGCCCUUUGGCACUAA